AAGUUUUAAUAAAUUGUAGGAAUCUUUAAGAGAGAAAAUGUGAACUGUAUUUGGGAAUCUGAUUUGAAAGAACAGUAACAGUGUUAAGUUUUCAAAAUUGGAAUACAUUAUUCUAUACUACAGUGUGUUUAUUGGAUUAAGUUUGUUCUAUCUAAAAUUUCAAUCCACAAUUUUAAUUUUUGUCUUUUCGAAAGGUAAGAACCGUAACCGGUUUACAUUAUCUUAUAUUAUUUAUUGUGUCAUUUUACAAUGUGUGACAUAUCCUCAGUGUACUAAAAACAAAACUACAGUUAUUAACUGGAAAACGAAAGUAUUUUCGGAGGUUUUUAACUAAACAAAAAUCAUUUGGUGAACUCUAAAUUAUUUAAUUUAAAAACUAUUAUGUAUUUAAUUUAUGUUUUGUUUUUGUAUCAUAAAGUGUGAAUCUAGUUAGACUAUUAAACUUUCCUCAUAAUUUGUUAACAUCGGCCUUAAGGGGGGACAACUCUUCAUACACCACGAACAAGGGGCAUAUUUUCGAGCGGUCAUUCUCGGGGUUACUCCGGGUGUCGUUUUAGCUCCUACGUUAUUGUAAUUAUGUUAUGUGAUACUGGAUGAUAUUUCUAGUCAUGUUUUAAGAGUGUUUAUACCGUAAAAUACCUUCCAUUUAGUUCUUAUUAGAUAUUAUUUUUGAACGUGACAACUUAAUUCUACCUGACCCUUUUUGUUUCCAUGCAUGUUUCAACGGAUUAUACACAUUCGAUGUACAUUUUCUUGCCUGUUCGUCAAAUUGAAUUAUUUAUAAACGCCUGUUAUUGCUCAUCCAAUACUUUUACAAAAUAAAAAAACUAUGUAAAUGAGAACAAGACAUGGUUUGAAACAUAAAGCUUUACGACAUGGGAAUAUUAGUCUACUUGUUUGUAUAUUUACUGGCUGCAUUUACAUUUCAAUGAAUGACAAUCUCUCAAAUUAUCUACCCAAUUGCUGUUUUUUGUCCUAAUGAAAUAAUUCAGAGAAUAAUCAAUUCACAUUGUUUCUUUACUGGUUUUAAAACAAAGCCACAUUUGGCAAUGAUGAUUUAAGGGGAUGUGGAUGGCCGAAUGGUUAGUGCGUGCCCGCUGUAUCAUAAGGUCUGUCAUUGAGUCAACUGGCGUGGUUAAGAUCCCCGGUUGUACGUGACAAGGAGUAGGGUCGCCUGUCCAACCUUGUGGGUUUUCUCCGAGUCCUCCGGUUUCCUCCCACUGCUAAAGGCCCCUACGCGCAAGCGAAUUAUUGAAAUAAAAUUGAAUCAUAUGUUAGUCCCGAAAUGACCUAGCUUGUUUCGAGUGGACGUUAAACUCCAUUUCUCGCUCUAUUUCUAUCAAUGAUGAUUUGCAUUUUUGAAACAGUCUUAACUGCAUAACUCAGCAUAUUAUUUUAUUCUCUUUAUUUUAUUGAUGCUACGCACUUGGAUUUCUUUGAGAGACUGUCAUUUAUAAGAUGGACUUAAAGUAUUAACUAGAUUUCGUAUAUACUACAAUGGGCACAGAAGUGACUUAGUCGAUGUCAAUUCUAGUAGCGGGGAUUUAUCGGACGUUAACUGAUAUAUUUAAUUAAGUGAGUGGAAGAGCUCAUUUUUCACACCUUUAUUACAUUGAAGUAGCGAAUAAAAUUUAGGGGGAACCAUGAAUACCAUGUGACUUUUCAGUUUUCUAACUUUAGGUGUUUUUGGCUCUGUAUCAUCCUUAGGCUAGAUCUUCUGACCGAUUUCAUUAAUAUGCCUAAAGGUGAUGAUAAAAAGAAAUCAUUAACCUUACUUUUAUUCUGCACACGGCGACCCAUCUACUUCAUACUUCGAGAAUAGAUCUCUGCACUAAUUGACCGCCAUAUCCAAAUAUUCGUAUACUGGUUUGUAACGCGGUUCUACUCCGUUUCACAUCUGUCAUACACACAAAGAUUAAAUAAACUUUCAUUAAAUGGAAGCAGAAUAAAUACCUAAACAUAAUUCUCGAAGUAUACUUAGUGUUUUCGACUAAAAUCGUCGAUUUAGGACUAAAAAUGUCGGUCAACUACCAUAGUGUCUGUUCUCAAGCGGAUCUAACCGUAGACAGCCAGCCUACGUUUAGUAUGCCUUAAUUUAAGCAAAAGUUUAGAUUUGUGAAGAAAAAAAAUGACUGUCCAUGUUUAUAAAUCUUAUUUUAAAAAAUAUAAAAAAAGAAAAACGACUGUCUUGAAAUGAAAUCAUUAUUGCGAUUAAAGGAUAAGAAAAAAUUGUUUAUCAAUACAUACUAUCUAGCUAGACUAAUUUAGAUCCACCAAGUCAGGUCAGGACAGUUCAAGGUAGUAUCUUACUCUAAAGGAUGUGUCUACCCUUUUCUCCUGAUCUUUCUAGAUCUAAAGCCGAUCAGAUCAUUGAUGCAAUCUGCGUAGUAUUACCAUAACGAGAUACAGGUAGAAAAGAUCUAAUCUAAAGGUAAUAAUAUACCUGCAGUAUAUAUUAUCUUACCUGUAUUAUACCAUCAAAUUCCCCGUGUAUUACAGUGUCAUAAUAUCGGCUUACUCGUAUAUUUUAAUUACUUACACACGGUUUCCUGAUUGAUAACACAUGGCACAGAGUCUGAAUGGGUAAAUUCAAACUGCCAUAUGUAGAAUAACGAACAGGGUCUUAAUGCAAAAACUUUUAGAAGACAUCUUCAUUUAGUAAAUCCAUUUAUUUUGUAUUUUAUUGUUAGGCUCUUUAAUAGAAUAAUACAUCUUGUAGGUUAAUGCAAAAAUUUUUGAAAAACAUCAGUUUGCUAUUUGCUAUUUUGUAUUUUAAGCGCUGUCUUGGAAGUUAUUGUUAGAAUAAUGCUUCUUGUGGGUUAAUGCAAAAAACGUUUGAAAAACAUCUUAAUUUGUUAGUUGUCUUGGAAGUUAUUGUUAGGCUAUUUAAUAGAAUUAUACAUCUGGUAGGUUAAUGCAAAAACUUUUGAAAAACAUCUGAAUUUGGUAGACCCAUUAUCUUGUACUUUAAGCCCAGUAGGUGUAGAUUAUUUAGUUUUCUAAUGCAAAAACCCUUGAAAGAAAUCUUAAUUUGGUCAAGACAUCUUUUUGUAUUUUAAGCCGGUCUUCAAAGUUUAUUCUACCUGAAGACUAUUCCACUUUUAUUUGGGUUACAGAUUUGAAAAUUACCACGUGUGAACAGAAAUAUUUAAAAUAUGUCGCUAUUGAGUAGGUAGUGCAUUUGUGGAAUUUACAAGUUCAAACUUGACGUAAUCAAUCUGGCCUUAAAUAAAACCCCUACACUUUAAUUUAUUUAGCAUAGAAUUAAGACAGUGCACUGGCUAAAGACCGCAGACACGACGCUAAAAACGUAAUUACAGUAUUUAGUCUUAUACAUUACACCAAAAUAUCUUUGAUGCUAAUCGAGUCUACCAUCAGGUAGAAUACUUGUCUAAUUUACUUCAGGUAAUAAUUGAGACUGGUUAUCCGCGAAGUUCCUGGCAGGAUUCCACGAAAUCUGUCUGUCGUCACGCAAAGUGUAAACUAGAACGGUAUUAGAUUUCUUGAUGUAAAAUAUUUUACCGGCACAAAUUUCAACCUGGUUACCUAAGUUAUGUAGACUAAAAAAACGAUAUCAUUGUGUAGACUUAUUCGGUGUUCUAUAAUUCAAAUUCUUAAAGUCAUCAUAUUUAUAGAAAAUAAAAAAAAAGUUUUGCGACACCUAUCAAGUUCUAUCUGAAAUUAAUAAAUUUGAUUUUCACCCGAAUAGAAUACUUGAAUAUGUUAAUAACCUUAUUAAUUAAAAGAGGUACAAGGAGCGGGUUGUCUACUACGCGUCAUGGUGCUUUAUUGUUCAAGUGGCUUUGAGUUUUAACGGAUUUAAAUGCUUAAGACCAUUAUACGUACUCUACGGUAGAUACCCAAACAACAAGGGGUCUAUAUUGAACAUAUGUUUUAUUCAAGAACUGGGUUAAUCUAAUCUGUUAUCUCACUAAUCAAAAUGAUCUUCAGGGGAAUAACUCUUAAUAUUACUCGAUUCCAUUUAUACCAACUCAACCUUUAUUGCAUUAACUUAUCACUGUUCACUGCCAUAUUAAUUAAUUAUUGGCUAUUAAAAGAAAAAUGGAUUUGCUCUCUUUCUAUAUACAAUCGUUGGCCAUCUGGGAUAUUUCGGCAACAUAUCAUAUUCCAGAACUACCAAUUUUGGCACGUGUUCUCACCACGCUAUAUGCUAAUACCAAGUUCCAAAUAAGUCCAUAGCCACCCCCAUAGCAACCAGAUUUGUAUACAACAGCUAUGGCAUUGAACACGGACAGUUAUAAAAUGCAUAAAAACCGGCGAUGCAUGAAGUAGUCCAGCUUUGAAAUAAUUAAAUUGGCUAUCGUAGACGUGUAAAUUAGGCGAACAGUCCACGAAAAUGCUAUCUUAGCUCGAUGAUACGGAUAUAUUCAUAUCAGCCCACCUUUGUUACCAGGUGCCAAAAAUUACUGUUCAAACAUAUUCACGUCACUUCCGAUCGAGCCAAGAAAAAAUGUCAGGGUUACUAUCAAUAUUUGAUCAAACAUUAAAUUUACCGAAACGAAGUUUAAAUGAGUUAUAUUUAGAUAUUUGGGUUCAAAUAUUGCUGAGUAAAUCAUCAAAAUGGUUGGUGGUGUGGAAUUGGUCAGUGGGACCAUUUGAUAUGAAAAUGGAUGUAAGCUGUGUUCCCGUGAAUUGGAAUGGACUGGCCUUAUAAAAGAGGGGAUAUGGGGGUUGCCUAACACCGGCAUCUGUAGCAUUCCAUAUCUCUAGUCUUUCUCCUGGUAACAUUUGCAGUAGCAGCAUCGAAUUUAAACCACAACACAAUGUCAACCUUAUCAAGAGAUACGAUUGAAGAGGUACGAGAAGUCUUCGAUCUCUUUGAUUUCUGGGAUGGUCGUGAUGGUGACGUCGACGCUUUCAAAACCGGAGACAUGUUAAGAUGUUUAGGUUUAAACCCCACACAAGCCCUCAUUACCAAAAAUGGCGGAACCAAGGCCAUGGGAGAGAAAUCAUACAAACUAGAAGAAUUCUUACCAAUCUAUGAAGUUAUAUCUGGUUUGAAAGAUACAGGUACCUUCGCAGACUUUAACGAAGCUUUCAAAACUUUCGAUCGUGAAGGACAAGGAUUUAUCUCUUCAGCUGAAAUGAGACAAGUUUUAGUAUCUCUUGGUGACAGAAUGACAGAUGAGGAAGUUGAUGAAAUUGUUAAAUGUUGUGAUGUUCGAGAAGAUUUGGAAGGAAAUAUUAAAUAUGGACAAUUUAUUGAAAAAGUCUUGGCUGGACCUUACCCUGAUCAAAAAUAAAGUAAACGAACGACGCAAACUAUCUCUCUAUCAUUCGGAACUCAAAUAAAAUAAUCGAUGCUGAAGAAAAUCACUUCUAAAAAUCUUUUACAUCAUGUAGUUAGUUGUAAGCUAGGUAAUCAGGCGUCGCGUAGCAACCAGGACAAUAAGAAUUUGUAAAAAGUGAACAUACUGAAAGUGCCAUUUUGAAAUCUGUAAAUACGGUGCCAUUUUGGAUCUAUCUUUGUGGUGUGUCAUACCUUUUUUUACAUGAAAUAUCAAAUAAGUUGUUAUUUAUUUUUAAAUUAUUUUUUAAUUUAUGAAUGGACUUAUGUUGCCAGGGGGUGCACGUUUUAAAAACUUGCGUCAUCAUGACGUCAGAUAUCUGUUGACACAUGUAAACUAUUUUAGUGAUUUUAAACCAGGACUUUUCAAUCAAUGGAAUGCUACAGCACAUUCAUAAUAUGAUUGGUCUAAUCCCUUCUAAAAUUUCAACAGUGUGAAUAGUGCAAUAAAAGUUCCCUCCGUGUACAUCUAUAUUA